CAACCAAUUGUCAGCCCGAAUGCGUGACGCUCUAGCCGGCUCUAGCUCGCCGCUGAGCGGCGGGCGUAGAGCUGCCGCUCUAGCCCAUGGAGUUGGCUCGCUCCUCUCGCCGGCCCCAGGAAAGGGUUGCAAGUCCUUUACUACCCGACGCUAGCUGGCCUGACCGCAUAUGCGUCAUGGACCUAGCCAGCACUUGCUCCAGCUUUCAGUCGGACUUGGAUUUCUGUUCAGAGUGCGGCUCGGUCCUGCCUCUGCCAGGGGCUCAGGAUACGGUUACCUGUACUCGCUGUGGCUUCAACAUCAACGUUCGGGACUUUGAGGGGAAGGUUGUGAAGACUUCAGUUGUGUUCCACCAGCUGGGGACAGCCAUGCCUGUGUCGGUGGAGGAAGGGCCUGAGUUCCAGGGACCUGUGGUUGACAGGCGCUGCUCUCGAUGUGGUCAUGAAGGAAUGGCUUACCACACCAGACAGAUGCGUUCAGCAGACGAAGGGCAAACUGUCUUCUACACCUGUACCAACUGCAAGUUCCAGGAGAAGGAAGACUCUUGACCUUUUUUCUGGACAACUCAACAGUCCCUCCCUCCUUUUGGAAAGUGAAGGAUGCUGGGUUCUUCAAUGCCUUAUCCAUCCCAUCUGGUUGCAAUGUUUUGCUCCCAGAAGAGAAUCAGAUCAUCAUGUGGGGAUUAUCAUUGUUCCCAGAGUACUCUUACCUUUAGUUGAAUUUCCUUAUUAAAGUUAUAUUUUUCCAUAA